AUGUUAGCCGUUCUUCUUCGCUACUUCUUCAAGUUGUCCAGCGGAGUGUGUUGCUGGCACGUCAGCGAGCCGUCCAGAAAACCCGAGGGCGCGAUCAGCGUGGUCGGCCUGAAGGAUGAACUCCCCACCAAGCCGCAACCCGUCUCCUACCCGAUGAAAGUUUGUAUUCGCAGAAUACCGACAGCGAUCGAAGAGUUGCGAGACCCUUGCUACCUGUCCGUCGAGCAGCUGCUACGUCUUCCGGUGGAGAUCCAAUCGCAUAUUGUUGAUUACCUGCGAAUGCCCGAUAUGCUGUACAUGGCUCGAGCCGCGCCGAUCCUGAUGGACUUCAUCACAGCCGUUCCCAAGUUCUGGGUGAUCGCCGGUUGGGGCCAAGAAAGCGAGCAAGAGCAGAUCUUCUUCUGGUUCGUGAAACGGCUCCCCACUGACAACUGGGCAUAUGGUGUGGCGAAUGCAAUGACAGUACUGCCAGCUGAUGCUCGAGGAACGGGCCUGAUGGAAAAGUGCGACCUUGGCACCUACAUCGAGCACGUCACGAUGCUCUGCAACAACUCACGCGUCGGCUUGUUGUACCACACCACUCGGUUGUCGCACGGCGGUGAGCCCUGGACGUCGAAUAUUAAGGAAACGACCUACAGCUUUGACGCUCACGAUUUUGUUGGCGGAUCGCCGUUCCCGGAUGGCAACUUCCACGCCAGCGUCGUCGUGGUCGACUGGAGUCUGGAUCACCCCGAGGGGCUUUUGCGGAAGGUUGUCCACGACGUGAACCGAUUUCCGAGUGUCAAAGAGCUGAUCGUGAACCUCACUGAUCUAUACCUAUUGGAGCUGCCGGAGUUCGUAGGGUGGCCGAUUGAAGAAUAUGGAUCGAUGGCGGCCAAUAUUCUGCGUACGAUGAUUGCGGAAUGGCUGAAUGGUGAACGUGAAAUCGCUUGCAUCAUGAUCCUGCCCAUCAACACGGCGCGCAUACUCGUCCCAACAGCCUUCAAAGCCGACGAGCUGCGCGAGAUUUUGACGGGUUUGACCGCCGGCUUGCCGGGCUGCUUCAGACUCCAUGACAGCGCGCGGCUGAUUCGUCGUUCGGAGACGAGCCGUGAAGGACUGGUGAUCAGCGUGCAGCCUCAGCUUUUCCUGUUGUGUGGUUGCGACUAUUGGGUUCGCCGCGAGCGUACCUUCGAGGACAGCAAGCGCCAUGCCGAAUCGUUCGCUUCGCUCUGCCAAACUUACUCGGAGCUGAAAUCGGGCUACAUCAACGAGGACGCCGAGGACGACGAGGACGAU